AUGCGGUUCGCGAUCAUCCUCCUACUAUUUCCUGCCGUGCUCCUCCUACAACCCGGGGAAUGGACGGAGACGGAAGAGGGCAAACUGAUCGAAGUCUUCAAGGAGGCGAUCCCAAUCCUGACCGAUGAGCAGAUCAAAGCCAUACUGAUCUGCCUAAAACGCGAGUGUGCCGUCUCCUGCGGUGAAUCCCGUUUCCGGCAUUGUGUACUUGCAACCAUCAAGACCGAUCCCGGGAUGGCUCGAAUAAAGGCCGCAGCUAAAAGUGAUGGCUGGGACCGGCUGAUGAGGUUCCUCGCCGCGUUGAAAAAAAUCGCCCCCGGCAUCACCGAUCCGCAAUUGCUCUUUCUUGCUGACUGCUUGGAAAAGAAGUGUUCAGAUGCUUGUCACGUUAGCCUGGUUGAGGGCUGCUUGAAAGAUGCGCUAGCCUCCCAACCACGCCAUCUAAAGUUCAGCACUGGCUUUGGGCUCGACGCCAUUGGGGAGAGGAUCCAGUUUCUUUGGGAGCACAAGGUCGAUAUCAUCAAGGCGGCUUUUCUGCUAGGC